AUGGGACACAGUUUUGUCAAGAGGCUAAGCACUCAUGCUCAUGGGGAUUUAGAUCUCAAUGGGGUCACAGCACAUUUUCGAGGGAUAGGUGGUGCUGAUGUAGCCAGGAUGAUGGAAGAGGUGAGGCAACUCCCUCAAGGAUUCUGUGGGAUAAUUUUCAUGCAGAUCGGCGAGAAUGACAUCAGUUCUGCAAGAGGCGCUGGGGAAAUUGUAAACGCGAUGGAAAGACUUGCUUCCCAUGUCAGUGCUGCAAUGCCAACAUCACAUCUGAUUCUUGGAUCUCUAUUUGACAGACUCAAGCCAAGGGGCAUGAGCAGAAAUGCUUAUAGUAAGAAAAUGAGGUCAAUUAACAAGACUCUCCAGGAACAGUUGGGUUCAGGAGGACAUUCACUGUAUGACCCAAUGUUCGGGUGCAAGGGUCCUGAAUGCAGCACCACAUACAGCAAGGCCACACACAGCAUCACCACAUACAGCAACACCACAUACGGCAGCACCACAUACAGCAACACCACACACUGCAACACCACAUACAACAACACCACAUACAACAACACCACAUACAACAACACCACAUACAACAACACCACAUACAACAACACCACAUACAACAACACCACAUACAACAACACCACGUACAGCAACACCACAUACAGCAACACCACAUACAACAACACCACAUACAACAACACCACAUACAACAACACCACAUACAACAACACCACGUACAGCAACACCACAUACAGCAGCACCACAUACAACAACACCACGUACAACAACACCACAUACAACAACACCACAUACAACAACACCACAUACAGCAACACCACAUACAACAACACCACAUACAACAACACCACAUACAACAACACCACAUACAACAACACCACAUACAACAACACCACAUACAACAACACCACAUACAACAACACCACAUACAACAACACCACAUACAACAACACCACAUACAACAACACCACAUACAACAACACCACAUACAACAACACCACAUACAACAACACCACGUACAACAACACCACAUACAACAACACCACGUACAGCAACACCACAUACAGCAACACCACAUACAACAACACCACAUACAACAACACCACAUACAACAACACCACGUACAGCAACACCACAUACAACAACACCACAUACAACAACACCACAUACAACAACACCACGUACAGCAACACCACAUACAGCAGCACCACAUACAACAACACCACGUACAACAACACCACAUACAACAACACCACGUACAGCAACACCACAUACAACAACACCACAUACAACAACACCACAUACAACAACACCACAUACAACAACACCACGUACAGCAACACCACAUACAGCAGCACCACAUACAACAACACCACGUACAACAACACCACGUACAGUAUCACCACAUACAGCAGCACCACAUACAACAACACCACGUACAGUAUCACCACAUACAGCAGCACCAUAUACAGAAACACCACAUACAGCAGCACAACUGUACGCGUGUCUACGCAACCAGAGAUCCAGGCAACCAGACAUCCAGGCAACCAGACAUCCAGGCAACCAGAGAUCCAGGCAACCAGAGAUCCAGACAACGAGAGAUCCAGGCAACUAGAGAUCCAGGCAACUAGAGAUCCAGGCAACCAGAGAUCCAGGCAACCAGACAUCCAGGCAACUAGAGAUUCAGACAACCAGAGAUCCAGGCAACCAGAGAUCCAGGCAACUAGAGAUCCAGGCAACCAGAGAUCCAGGGAACCAGAGAUCCAGGCAACUAGAGAUCCAGGCAACCAGAGAUCCAGGCAACUAGAGAUCCAGGCAACCAGAGAUCCAGGCAACCAGAGAUCCAGGCAACUAGAGAUCAAGGCAACCAGAGAACCAGAGAUCAUUCUAACGUAA